AGUAAGAGUUCACGUACGCCAUUUUGAGAGAACGGCCAGUCACUCACAGCAGGGUAGGCUGUGUUCCAUACCUGCUGGAGUCGUCGCGCGGUCAUGCGAUAUAGCCGUUUUUAAAUAAAACUAUUUGUAUGUUGACAUUGUUGCAAUUGAACAUAGAAACACUAAGCGUAACCAGUCAUGUCCACGGAAGCAACCGCAGACCAGACAGCGGAGUAUGUCCCAGAGAAGGUCAAGAAGGCAGAGAAGAAGUUGGAAGAAAACCCAUAUGACCUUGACGCAUGGAGCAUUCUGAUUCGAGAAGCACAGAACCAACCUAUAGACAAAGCAAGGAAGACGUAUGAACGACUUGUUGCCCAGUUCCCAAGUUCGGGCAGAUUCUGGAAACUAUUCAUUGAAGCUGAGAUCAAGGCAAAAAACUAUGACAAGGUAGAAAAGUUAUUUCAGAGAUGUCUGAUGAAAGUGUUGCACAUCGACUUGUGGAAGUGCUACCUCUCCUACGUCCGAGAGACCAAAGGGAAGCUGCCCAGUUACAAAGAGAAGAUGGCCCAGGCGUAUGACUUUGCGCUGGAUAAAAUUGGGAUGGAGAUCAUGUCCUACCAGAUAUGGGUGGAUUACAUCAACUUCCUCAAAGGAGUUGAAGCGGUUGGUUCAUAUGCUGAAAACCAGCGAAUCACAGCUGUGCGCAGGGUCUACCAGAGGGGCUGUGUGAACCCCAUGAUCAACAUUGAGCAGCUUUGGAGAGACUACAGCAAGUAUGAGGAGGGCAUCAAUGUGCAUCUGGCUAAGAAGAUGAUCGAGGACCGCAGCAGAGACUACAUGAAUGCUAGGAGGGUGGCCAAGGAGUAUGAAACGGUGAUGAAGGGCCUGGAUAGGAACGCCCCAUCAGUGCCUCCGCAGAACUCCCCCCAGGAGGCGGUGCAGGUGGAGAUGUGGAAGAAGUACAUCCAAUGGGAGAAGAGCAACCCCUUACGCACUGAGGACCACACGCUCAUUACUAAGAGAGUGAUGUUCGCCUACGAGCAGUGCCUGUUGGUGCUGGGCCAUCACCCUGACGUGUGGUACGAGGCGGCCCAGUUUCUGGAGUACUCCAGCAAGCUCCUGGCAGAGAAGGGGGACAUGAACAACUCCAAGCUGUUCAGCGACGAGGCAGCGAACAUCUACGAGCGUGCCAUUGGAACUCUACUGAGGAAGAACAUGCUGCUGUACUUUGCAUUUGCCGACUAUGAGGAGAGUCGAAUGAAGCACGAGAAGGUCCACAGCAUCUACAACCGUCUGUUGGCCAUCGAGGACAUCGACCCCACCCUGGUCUACAUCCAGUACAUGAAGUUUGGCAGGCGGGCCGAGGGCAUCAAGUCGGGACGCAUUAUCUUCAAAAAAGCCCGGGAAGACAUGCGCACGCGCCACCAUGUCUAUGUGACAGCAGCACUAAUGGAGUACUACUGCAGCAAGGACAAAUCGGUGGCCUUUAAGAUAUUUGAGCUGGGCUUGAAGAAAUAUGGAGACAUUCCAGAGUAUAUACUUGCGUACAUUGAUUACCUCUCGCACCUUAACGAGGACAACAACACUAGAGUUCUAUUUGAGCGUGUUCUCACCUCAGGAAGCCUGUCGCCAGAGAAGUCUGGUGAGAUCUGGGCCCGGUUCCUAGCCUUCGAGAGUAACAUCGGGGACCUGGCCAGUAUCCUGAAGGUGGAGCGCAGGCGUUUCACUGCCUUCCGGGACGAGUAUGAAGGCAAGGAGACGGCGCUGCUUGUGGACCGGUACAAGUUUAUGGACCUGUAUCCCUGCUCCGCUAGUGAACUCAAAGCCCUUGGAUACAAGGAUGUGUCCCGUGCCAAACUGGCAGCACUGCUCCAGACUGAGACAGUGGUGACCCCGUCCGCUCCCACGCAGAAGGACGAAGCGGACCGCAAGCCAGAGUACCCCAAACCUGACACCAACCAGAUGAUCCCCUACCAGCCACGCCACCUCGCCCCCCCUGGACUGCACCCUGUACCGGGAGGAGUGUUCCCGGUCCCCCCUGCCGCGGUUGUCCUAAUGAAGCUACUGCCUCCACCCACCUGCUUUGUGGGUCCCUUUGUGCAAGUGGACGAGCUGAUGGAAAACUUCAGGAGAUGUACACUACCAGAGACUGUCGACGCGGCUGUGGAGUUGAUCACCGGCCGGCAGCCUGACGCCAGCGGAGAUGGCAACGGCCCCAUGGAAAACCACGCCGUGGCCAAGUCCCUGAAGAGACCCAACGCGGACUCGGACGAAGAGGAGGACAAGGGCGCCGUGGCCCCGCCCGUACACGACAUUUACCGCGCUCGCCAGCAGAAGCGAAUCCGGUGAACCCAUACUGGCACAUGCCGACUUGGGAUGGACUCUGUACAGGAAUGUUACCCAUACCGCCGGCCACGAAGGCUGGCGGAUCUCAAGUUUCCCUGGAUGAUUAGUUCUCUCGAAUCGUCGUUGGUCCCUCCCUCUCCACACACACACACACUCGCACCUUUUAUUUUUUUUGUUUUUUUUUUGUGUUUUUUUUUUAACAGUUUUAUUUUUUUAAACUGUGUGACUUAUACUGUACAAAGUUUUUAAUUCAACCCUUGAUUUGACACUCAGCUCAGCUUUUUCACCUUGUGAAGCUCUGACGAUGAUUAUUGGAAUCAACCUGUUUUUGUAGUCAAAUGGAGAGAACACAUUUCCUUCCAAUAAAAAAGGGGGCGAAAAAAAAACAAUUCAAAACUGGCUGCUGUCUUUUAUAUAAUGGAAAUGUACUUUUAUUUUCCUUUUGAAGUCAUGCUGACUGAAAAACAUGGAUAGCUUUGGCUUGACAUUUGUCAUGUUCACCACUAGGGUGCAGUAUGGAGCUGUAAUAACAUAAAUGGGUUCUUGUGUGUGGUGCAGGUAGAAGGAUGUCUCUGCUCUCAAUCCGUGCCAUUAUAGCAUCUGUUCCAGAGCGGUCAGGGGUGUUUUCUCCUAGUCCCUGUGGCCUUAAGAACUCCUCAGCGGUGGAACUGACAAGACCUGACUCCCAUCUAUGUAAUCACAUUCAAUGCCUUCAUUAUGGGAUCUGCUUGGCACCUAGACUCUCACUAUCUGUGUACAAGGUCUGAGAGAGAGGUCUGCUUGUGGUCACUAACCGGCCUGUUUACACAACUGACCUGGGCAUUUAAAUCUGUUUUGGGUUCGGGUGCAGUUAAGACACUGGUGUGUGUGGUGUGUCUGAAGUGUGUGCAGACAUACAAGAAGUUAGGGAUUUUUUUUUUUUUUUUACAAAUGCUUUUCCAAAAGAUAAAUAUUAGAUUUCUCAAUAUUCAAUUUCGAAGAUGUGAAUUUUUUUAUAAUAGACAGUUCUUUGCCAUAUUAGACUAAUAAAAUAGUUUGUAGCCUUUUCACUGAGCAGUAAGUGUUUAUUUGCAUGUAAACCAGUAUAUAGCAUUAGAAUAAAUACAAAUAAAAAAAGUAAUAGUAAUUAAUUUUGAUAUCAAAAAGGUAGUUGAGAUAAGCACAUCAGAUAAAUUAAUACUUUGUGAAUGUAGAAGCAAUGUCAUAAAAAGAUUUGAAGAAACCAGGGGUGUUGAAGGCUGGUUGGAACCCUGAAUGCUUGAAUAUACACUUAUCUUUAAAAAUGAAACAUAUGUGAGUAUGUCUUUUGAAUACAGGUGAAUAUAAUUCAUAUAUUUUAAAAAGUAUUUGAACCCAGGUCUGAGGCACACAAUCUCCUUCCAAC